UGAUGACUAGCUGAUGAUGGGGUGUUUCGCACUCUAGUGUCUUGGACUUGGAGUUUUUACCUUUAAUACAUUGUGUUCUUAUAUUUAGGGUUCUAAUCAUGUUGCAGUUUUUGGUCGGUUUCACCCUAGGGAAUGUGGUUGGGAUGUAUCUUGCUCAAAACUAUGAGGUCCCUAACAUUGCAAAGAAGAUAGAGGCCUUUAAACAAGAUGUGGAAGCCAAGAAAAAGCCUCCAGAGUGAAGAUCAUGAAAAAAGCUCAUUAAAAUAUGUAUUUUAAAUAAAAUAAGUAUGCAAACGGAUAUGACCCUUCCUAGAUUAAAGACACAUAAGUGCCUGAGGUUUGCUGAUUUUAUGUGUAAAUGAACUAAUUUCACCUUACUGUUACAUGUGAUGUUCAAGAUAUUUCUUUCAUUUUUAUGAACAUAAAAACCCUGAUAUUAAAACGUUUGAGGACAAUCUAUAUGAAAAUGAAUUUUGUCUCUGGCUAGACUGUAUUAAAAUUAAAUAUUUGAUGUGUGGCUUAGACAUAAAAUUAAAAAGGUUUUCAAUAAUUGACAAAUAGUGCCCACUUAAUACAACUUAUUAUGUUAAUGUGUGUCAAUAUUAACAAGUGUUCUGGAUAACAUGUAAAUUCUAAAAAGACAAACGCUUUUGUGUGACAGGGUGUGUAACUUAAAACUAAGGUAUAAAUUGUGCUUGAAGUGGUAAAAAUGACUGAUGGUACAUUAAUGUACAAUUGUUAAUAAAAUACUCUAAUAACAAGUUCCAGAUUAAUAAAAGGCUCUUAUGAAGUUC